GUCCGAGUCGCAGUCCUCGCGUGUCCUAGCCCCAGCUCCUGGUCAGCCAUCGUCAUCGAAAGCUCCGGAAAAUGUAGUCCAGGGGCGCAAACACAAGACCACCGCCUGUAAGGCGUGUAAACAGAAGAAGCUCAAGGUGGGAUUUCUGCAAGCCCGUCCGUCAUGAAUGUGCCGAGGCGAUCCACCAUGCCAACACUGUACAAACAACGGCAUCCCAUGUGUGGUCGACGAGAUGGCCGACAUGCGCCGCAAAUAUGCCAUGAAGCGCAAGCUGGAACGUCUGGAGCAAGCCGAGGAAACCCUGGUACGACUGAUCGAUGCCCUCCGGGAAAGCGAGAGUAAACGCCUGGCACAGCUUUUGAAUCUGAUCCGGAGCAACGCGUCCUAUGAGGAAUUGAAGAUCUUCCUGGCGCAACAAUUCAACCCGAAAGAAUUUGAAUUGUCACCCGAACUGCGCGAGCUCCGGAAUCAGAUUUCUCGCCCGUCCGAGGACGAGGAGGAGCAGUCGUCUCAUUCACGAGCGCCCCGUCGCAUGCUCGAUGUGCGCCGGCUCGCCGAUAGCCCGGUUUAUCGGGUCCCCGCCAAGCCGUGGACCAAGGUGACCGCCGAUGAUGACCUCGUGUCGCAUCUCGUUUCGCUGUGGUUUACCUGGACCUAUCCGUUCUUCGACUGGCUGGAUAAGGACGCGUUUCUUCGCGACAUGCAGGCUGGCAACCUGAAAUGUCGAUUCUGUUCCCCUUUUUUGGUGAACGCCAUUCUCUCCGAGGCCUGCUACUACUCGGACUAUGCGGAAGUGUUCACCACCCCCAAUGACACGCUCUCGCGGGGCGACCACUUUUAUGAGGAAGCACGUCGACGGCUGGAACAGGAGGAUGGCGGGUCGAAAAUCCCGACCAUCCAAGGGCUCUUGGUGUUGUUUAUCCGGAUGGUGCUGAUGGGCAAGGACCGGCUGGGUUGGAUGUACCUGGACCUGGCCAUGCGAGGCGCUGAGGAGCACGCCGAAAGGCAUCCGCCCAACCCAGCAGACCCGUUCGACUACAUCGUCAACCGCACGCUCUGGGGGGCCUUCAAUAUGGCAUCCACGGCCACGGUGUCGUUGAUGAAGCAUCUCAACCUCCGCCCUCCGCAACGGCCACGGAUCCCGGUCACGCAUGGCGACGCCCACGAUGUCUGGUACCCAUACCCCCGCGAAGUAGAAGGCAUUCGCGGUCAUCACAACUGCGUGUUCGAUCGCUGGUGCGAUUUCUGCUGCAUCAUGACGCGGAUCAGCGUGGGAUUCCACGAUGUGGAACACCAAGUGGCCCCGUCGCAGUGGGUCGGGUUUGUCCAGAGCAUCUACCACGAGAUGCAGGGCUGGUAUGCCCACCUGCCGCCUUGCUUGAGUGCCGAGGCGGCGGUGGUCCCACACGUCCUGAGUCUACACAUGUUCUACCACACCACGGUGAUGCAGAUCUUCGGGUUUCUUCGGUCCAACAAGGAGAUCAGCCUGGAGGCGGGCCUGGCCGGGUAUGCUCGGGAGCUGUGCCUGUCGUCCGCCCGCCGGGUGGCGGCGCUGCUGGGCGUCCACCGCGACAAGUGGGGCAUCGACCGCAUGGCGCCCUCCACCAUCCAGUGGUGCAGCAUCGGCAUGUUCACCCUCAUGGAGUCGCUCGACACCACCGCCAACCGCAACGCCUUCAUCGAGCUGUGCAUCAUCGCCCGUGCCUUCUCCCGCCGCUUCCCUCUGGCCAAGGGCAUCCUGCGCAUGAUCCAGCUGUCGGCCAAUCAGACCCAGGUGGUGCUGCCUGAGGAAACCGACGCCCUGUUUACCGACUUUGAGACGCUGGCUUGGAAGGAGAGGGACGCCCAGGAAUUCAGCAGCUUCUACCCGCAUUUCACGACGGUCGUGCGUCAGGGCUCCGCUCGCAAGGACGAUGUCGAUAUGGACCAGUUUCUGACCAAAUGGGAUACCCUGAGUAUCUCACAGUCGCGCCGAGAUCCGGCCGCAUCGGAGGACGACGCGAAGGGAAGCAGUUCAACCGAGGGUUGAAGGGAAUGGCCAACUAGAAUCAUAAUUUAUUACGAACUAAUGAACCACCUUUAUUAUCAGCCACUGCGUGCAGUUCCCUGUUUUGGAUAGAGACCCAUCUCGGAUCCGGUGUGCCUUGGACCACGGGAGCCGGCGUAGAACUAAACCCCGAUAUCCCUAGGAUCGACGUGUGACGUGUCACCGUUGCCAGACGGUCGGAAUUUUCUUCCGGUCUCACAGAGAAACAGCGAAUCUAGUCGGUCGGCGAACUUUUCCGAUGGGAAUGACUCCCUGGUGUGCCCCCGCAUCGCGUCCGCCAGGCUGGCU